AUGGAGUCAAAAUGGGACCACAAGAACAAAAAUACAUACAACCACAAGAACAAAAAUACAUACAACACCGGGGAUUCGCUGGUCGUCACCGACCCAACUACUAAUCCAGCCCUUGCCAGUUUAUCUAGGGGAGAGCGGACGGGAUCCCGAGUUCUCUGGCAGGUAUGGUCGUAUGUGGCAGUGAGACGAAGCGGGAAGACCUAA